AUAUUAGUUAAUUAUGCUUCAGGGAUAUGAGCCUCCAGUGCUGUUGUUUGUACAAACCAAAGAGAGAGCAAAGGAAUUAUUUAAGGAGCUGAUAUAUGACAAUAUUAUGGUUGAUGCUAUCCAUUCAGAUCGCACACAACUGCAGCGUGACAAUGUCGUUCGAGCAUUUAGAGAACGAAAAAUUUGGGUCUUGAUAUGUACAGAGCUCAUGGCCCGUGGUAUCGACUUCAAGGGUGUCAAUCUCAUAAUCAAUUAUGAUUUCCCACCAUCAGCAAUCAGUUACAUCCAUAGAGUGGGACGAACAGGAAGAGCUCAUCACCAAGGGCAUGCAAUUACAUUCUGA